UCUUUCUCGCCGUCGUCGUGGGUCAGCAACGUCAGCCGUCAGGGUCUGUCUACUGUCUCCUGUUUCCCUCCCCGCCGCCGCCGCCGCCGCCGCCGCUCCCCGGGUUGCUCUCGCCAUGGCCGACGCCGCCGACGCUCUCUCAGCUCGGAGCAAGGUGCAAGCUUUCCUAGAGGCUGCGCGCGCCGGCGACCUCGAUUCCCUCAAGAGCCUCGUCGCCGCGCUCGACGAGGAGGGCACGGGCGCCGCCGCCGUCGCCGCCGCCGUGCGGGACGCCAACAAGCGCACCGCGCUCCACUUCGCCGCGCGCGAGGGCCGCACCGACGUCUGCCAGUUCCUCAUCGACCAGCUCGGCCUCCCCGUCGACCCCAGGGACGAUGAUGGCGAAACCCCACUCAUCCAUGCUGCGCGCCAAGGCUAUCUGCACACUGUCAAGUAUCUCCUUGACCAUGGAGCCGAUCCUUCGGUAGCCUCCAGCCUAGGAGCCACAGCGCUACAUCAUGCUGCAGGAAUAGGAAACACGGAGCUCAUGAAGCUUCUACUCUCCAAGGGAGUUGAUAUCGAAUCAGAAAGUGAUGCUGGUACUCCCCUUGUAUGGGCUGCUGGUCAUGGACAGGAAGAUGCAGUCAAACUUCUGCUUCAACAAAAUGCUAAGCCAAAUAUUGAAAAUGCUGAUGGUAUCACAGCAUUAUUAUCUGCUGUUGCCGCAGGUUCCCUCCCAUGCUUGGAGGUUCUUAUUGAGGCAGGUGCAGACCCAAAUAUCAGGGCUGGUGGAGCAACGCCAUUGCAUAUUGCUGCAGAUAGUGGAAAUAUAGAAUUAAUCAAAUGCUUACUUAAAGCUGGAGGUGACCCAAAUACCUGUGAUGAUGAUGGAUUAAAGCCAAUACAGGUCGCCGCUUGGAGAAAUAACCAUGAAGUUGUGGAACUUCUUUUACCAUUAACAUCCCCAAUUCCAGGUGUUUCAAACUGGAGCGUAGAUGGACUUAUAGAAUACAUGCUAGCUAAAGAGACUGAGGAAAAGUCCGAAUUGAAGGAAGCAACAUCUCUGAAAUCAGGCAGACCACAGCCUGUUGAGGUGUCAUCCGAAGCAAAAAAGAGAUCCUUGGAAGCUAAAUUGAGAGGUGACGAUGCCUUCAGAAGAAAGGACUACCUUGUAGCAGUGGAUGCUUACACGCAGGCUACAGAGCUGGACCCAAAUGACGCAGCAGUGCUCUCAAACAGAAGCCUCUGCUGGCUACGGGCAGGGCAAGCUGAGCGUGCUCUGGAGGAUGCGAAAGCAUGCCGAGCAUUGAGGCCAGAUUGGGCGAAAGCUUGCUACAGGGAAGGUGCAGCCCAUCGCCUGUUACAGAGGUUUGAGGAAGCCGCAAAUGCCUUCUAUGAGGGCGUGCAACUUGAGCCGGAGAACAAAGAGCUGGUCAGCGCAUUCAGAGAGGCCAUCGAAGCUGGGAGGAAAUUCCAUGGGGUGGACAAGCCGAAUCCAGCGCAAUGAGACGAGUAUCUUGUGAAUUGAGGCUGUACUGUUUGCCUUGAUUAGAGAGAUGUUGAUGAGUAACCAGUCUAGUUGGAUUUUCAGGAAUGUUUAGAUGAAAUUUGAUGGGAUGGUGAUGAGGAACUCAAGUUGGAGUGUUGGACGACCAGGAGGUUCGAAUGUAUGCAAAGUUUUUUGAGUUGUGUGAUGGUUUUUGCCGUGUUUAGGUUUGUACGGGUGUCGAGAUGCUUUGCUUGGUAGCUUGAGAUGAUGGAUGAAAAAAUCAUGACAUAUUGCAACGAGACGAUA